UCUCCCUCUCACUCUACUCAGCAGAUGCAACACAUCCACUUACUGAACAGAACAAAAUGUGGCUGGCUGUGCUGUUUGUUUGGGGUAGCCUUCUGCCUCUUGCAGCAUCUGAGGGCUGCCCAGAGACAUCUGAGGACGCUUCUUCAAUGGUGAGGCUGAAACCCCUGGGGCACUGCAGAGAUGGAGAAAACACAUGCCCCUAUCGCAUCACACUCCCUCCACUCACCAUCCACUUGCCCAAGCCCUUUAGGGAGCUGGAGAAGAUGGCCAGAGAACUGCAAAGUCUGACGCAGAUGGUGAACCAACUGAAAGCAGACUGUCAGGUGUGUAAGGAGAGGCAACGAAUGGAGUGGAGUCUACGAAUGACUGAUGGUGGAGAGGAUAGAGAACGGAUUCAAGCAUCUCGGGGUUCUGUCAACACCAAAGAGAGACAGCAGGAUUUAUCCAAGAGGAUGAACUUGCACCAAGGCAGCACUCAAAAAACUGAAGAGGAAGGCACAAUGCUCAUCAGCAGUGGGACAAAGCAUGUGAAUACAACAGGCAUGGAAAAACAAUGGUGGAACACCAAUCGGGAGAGAAACCUUAAUCCAAGCAGUACCAGAUACAGGGAUGAGACCAGUGGAGGGCAAAAAGGAUCCAGCUCCACACACAUGGAGAGGAAAACAGACAGCAUGAGUAAGGUGAGAGAACUGCAUUCACUUACAGCUGGAGAAAGGGGGAAGGAGCUGGACUCUCCAAGGGCUGAACUGAUAGAAUCAUCUUUGUCUGGAAAUCAAAAUGUAAAACAACCUUUGCAAGUUUCUAGGGGCACUGUAAACACCAGAGAGGACCUUCCCAAGAGAGAGAAGGUAGUCCAAGGUACCGCUAAGAAAACUGAACUAGACACAAUACUCAGCAGCAGUGGGACAAAGAAGGUAAAUCCAACAGGCACUGAAAAGCAAAGGUGGAACACCAGUCAAGUGAGGAACCUCAACCCAAACAGCACCCGACACAGGGAUGAGACCAGUGGAAGGCCAAAAGGAUCAAGUCUUGCACGUAUGGAGAGUAGAACAGAGAGCAUGAGUAAGGUUUCAACUAGAGAAAAUGGGGGGGGACUGCAAUCUAAAUUGAUAGAAUCAUCUCUGGGAAACCAAGACGAUGAACAACCUACACAAGCUCCUAGUGGCACUGUCAACACCAGAGAGAAACAGCAGGACACACCCAAAAGAUUGAUGGAGGUCCAAGGUACUGUUCAAGAAACUGAAGAGCAAGCUACAAUGCUCAUCAGAAGUGAGACAAAGCAAGUGAGUCCAACAGACAUGGAAAAACUAAGGUGGAGCACCAUUCAGGAGAGGAACCCUAACCAAAGUGGUACUGAACGCAAGAAGGUGACAAGUGGAGGGCUGAAAGGAUCCAAUCCUGCACCCAUGGAGAGGAGAACAGAGAGCAUGAGUAAGGUGAAAGAACCACUCUCAUUUUCAACUGAAGAAAAUGGGAAGGAAUUUCAAUCUCCAAGAACUAAACUGACUGAAUCUUUGCUGCAAAGCCAAGAUGAGGAACAACCUACACAAGCUCCUAGUGGCACUGUCAGCACCAGAGAAAGACAGCAGGACAGAAUGACGGUGGUCCAAAGUACUGUUCAUGAAAUUGAAGAGGAAGACACAAUGCUCAUCGGAAGUGAGACAAAGCAAGAGAGUCCAACAGACAUGGAAAAACAAACAUGGAGCACCACUGGAGAAGGAAACCUGAAUCCAAGUAGUACUGGACAUAGUGAAGAGGCUAGUGAAGGGCUAAAAGCAUCUACCCCUGCACACAUGGAAAGAGCAACAGAGAGCAGUAAGGUGACUGAACCAGAGUCGUUGUCGACUGUAAAAAGGGGCAAGGAACUUCAUUCUCCAAGGGUUAAACAGAUUGAGUCAUUUUUGCCAAGAAACGAACAUGAGGAACAACCUACACAAGCUUCUAGUGGUACUGUCAACACUAGAGAGACACAGCAGGAUGUAAGCAAGAGACUGAAGGUGUAUCAGGGUACCACUCAAAAAACUGAAGAAGAUGACACGACACACAUCAAUAGUGGCCCAAAGGAGGUGAAUCCAGCAGACACCGAAAAGCAAAGGUGGAGCACCAGUCAAGAUAGGAAAUUUAACAUAAGCAGCACUAGACACAGGGAUGAGUCCAGUGGAAGGCCAAAAGAAUCUAAUCCAGCUCACAUGGAAAAUAAAACAGAGAGCAUAAGUGAGGAAAGAGAAGCGCACUCAUUCACAGCUGAAGAAAGGGGGAAAGAGCUGCAGUCUCCAAGGGCUAAACAGACUAAUUCAUUUGUAUCAGAAAACCAAGAUGAGGACCAACCUAUACAAGUUUCUAGCAGCACUGUUAAUACCAGAGGGAGACAGCAGGACAUACCCAAGAGGGUAAAAGUGUUCCAAAGAAAAACUGAAGAAGACACAAUGCUCAUCAGCAGUGGCACAAAGGAUGUGAAUCCAACAGACAUUGAAAAGCAAAGGUCUAACAACAGUCAGGUGAGGGACCUCAACCUAAACAGUACCCAAAAUAGGGAUGAGAACAGUGGGGGACCAAAAGAAUCAAAUCCUGUGCACAUGGAACGGAGAACAGAGGCCCUGGGCAAGGCAAGAGAAUCGCACUCUCUUACUGCUGAAGAAAAGCAAAUUGAGCUGCACUCUCCAAUGGCUAAACAAAUUGAAUCAUCCUUGCCUGGAAAUCAAGAUGAACAGUCUAAUCAAGAAAGAUAUGAAAAACCUAGACAGACCAGCACUGGCAAUGCAGGAACAGGAAUGAGCCCCAGUGGAACCCUGACUGCACAAGGCAAGAUAAAGAACAAUCCUGAAAUCAGUGGAGUUACAAUGGUUUCAGUGGACACUGCUGAAACAAAGCAACUGAACCCACCAAACAAAGACAGUCUGAUCAAGAGAUUUUUUGGACAUCCUCGACAGACAGACACAGACAUAAAAGAAAUCAAGCUGAAUUCAAACCCAGAGGACAGAUUUGAAAACACUGGUACUAUAACAAAAAGGAUUUCACAUGUUGGAGACAGAAAAGUAAAAAAUGUUUCUAGAGGAAGUGGAUUUACCCCAAUCAGGACGAGGACAAUUGAGAGAAGACCACAUAAAGCUGACAGUAAGGAGGGGACUACACCAGACAGUAGGUGGAUUACACCAGAUCCUUACAGGGAGGAUCAAGAUGCAAGUUUAUUAGACAUAAUCAAAGACACCCCCAAAACAAUAGACAGCAAGAAGGUAUUUGAAGACAGACAACCAGAAACUGGCACUAAGGCUCAAAACAAUAGAGUUAAGCUAAAUGUGACUGAUGUGACCAAGACAGUCUUAGAUCAGCAGGGUGAGGAGAAGGAGGAAGUAAGUGAUAUUGGAGUAAAAGAAUCAAGACCUUUUAUUCUUGAUAAAACUGGUGAUUCUACUGUGACUAAAGAAAGUCAUGCCAACAUAAUCCUGUCUCAAAUGUCUGAAAACAAAGAUAAGAGGGAAAGGGGCAAUCAAGUAAGCCAGACUGAGCCAAAGCCAUUUAACCAAAGUAAGGAUUCAGACAGUGAAACUGAAUUGGAUGCAAACCCAGUUAACACACUUGAGACAGUCAGUGAAUCAGGGAAAUUAAGGUCAUCCAUCUCAGACACUGGUGAUGCCACACUUGAUGUAAGAGUUUCACAUCCAUGGACUCAGGACAGACACUCUGAAAAACCAUUCAACCCUAGAAGGAAGGCAGAAAAUGACACAAGAGUGGAUUCAAGCCCAGUCACUCCAGUUGGGAUAAUCAACAGACCAGGAAAGAUAAGAUCAUCUAUUUCAGAUAGGGCAGAUGCCACCACUGACCUAAGUAAUCCAAAUCUGCAAAUUCAGGAUGGAAGCUCUGAAAAAACAGUUAACCCUAGCACACAAAAAGUGACUGACACUAGAAUGGAUUCGGCCCCAGCUAACACAGUUGAGACCGUCACUGGAUUAGAGAAGUCAAGUUCAGCUUUACCAGUCAAAGCUGAUGCCCCAGUUGAUGUAAGUGGUACAACUCCACAACAUCUGCACAAAAAUGAUGACCUCUCCAAAGAUCAGCUAAAGCCACACCUUAACACCACAAAGCCAAGCAGUGAAGGAAUCAAAGCAAAGACUAAAACCAAAGAUAUGCUAAGCAACAACAAAACUACAUCUUUGAGGACUGGUCCUGUGAAGCAAACUGCUACAGCAACAGAAGAUAAAAGCCCAGUGAGUCUAAGCAGGCCAAGAACGCAUGCUGUGGGUUCAAAGGUGAGGAGUAGGCCCAGUGGACUGAUGUCUAUGAGUCAAGUUGUAGACCCUCAUCCUGUGGACAGCACAAAGGUGAAAGAAGGGGUAAGAGAACUCAAUGAGACUAAUCUGAGGCUGGUGAAAAACAUCACAACAACUCGCACUAGAGCGAUUUUAGCUAAGAACCCUACACAGAGAAGGCCGCAUAUUUUGCAAAGAAUGCCAGGGAACGAAAGUAUGGAGACACCAAUGAAAGCAUACAGCUCUGGACAGGUAAAAAACACCAGUGGAUUGACAGAGCAUAUGGUGGACCCUAGGAGGAGGCAUGUUCAUUCCAAAACUAGACCCCCUUCGUCCAACUCCAAAAAAGAGUUCAAGAGUUCAGUCGUCACUCAAUCAGUCAGUCCCACUGUGGCAACAUAUACUACUGUGGACCAUGCCAGCACAGAAAAAUCCCAAACUGCUCCCACAGUGGAGGCGUUAAACUCACCGGAUAAUCACCAAAUCCAAACCACCUCUCAGAAUACCAAGACAAAACUCUUCCAUGUGGCGGAACCUGAAAAUCCCGAAGGGAAGAGAGAGCUGGAUCCAAUUACAGACAGUGUAAGGGAGCACAGUGCAGAGACAGUUAUGAAUCAAAACAUUGUAAGCCAUGAUGGUAAUGACAAUAUGAGUGGUCCACAUUCGCAUCAAGCUGUUGUGGAGAAGACUAGAAGCACUGACAGGGGAACAAACCCAUUCAGAGCCAUUAGUGGGGACUCCAAACAAGAAAACAAUAAGAAAUUUCUCAGAGCAGGAAGUGUACACAGUUCCAGGGGGAAGAUCCUGCCAACAGCGGAGGAGAUGAGUACUGAAAGGAAUGAGUUAAACUAUCCAACUUCUACAGCCACCAAAUACACCAUAAAAACAUCGAUUAAGGAUCAACAAAGCCAAAUGACUCAGCCCACCACUCCUGUUGUUACAACACCACAUUUUAUGCGCCAGGAUCACAUAGAGAAGGCCAAAACCACUUCUAUAGUGAACGUGUCAGAUACACACAUUCAUCACAGACUAAGAUACUCCAGCCAGGAAGUGGAGUCCAAAAGGCUGAUAGGGACAAGAUCUGACAGUGACAGCAGAAACAAAAAACAGGAUCUCAUCUUGCAGAGUACAGGCAAAGUUCAAAGAGGGUUCAGUACAGUUACAGCAUCAUACCCCAAGUCUGCAGACAGUGCAAGGGACCCAAAAUCAGUGGUAAAGGACAGAGUCAAGAGUACUGCAGGGCCAAAGAGGUCGACCUCAUCCACGUACAGCACUCCACACACUUACCAUGAAAACAGAAAAAGUCCAGUGAUAACUGUUGCAUCAAUGGAGGGCAAUAAUGGAGAAAUUUACCCAGUUGCUGUGGACAGAGCUGUUGACAGUAAGAGCAUGACAGAGAGAAAGAGGGUUAACCUUCAAAAGACCAAAGCUGAAAAGACCAUCAAGCAAAAUAGUGCAAGGCUGCUCACUAACAACAUGGAAGACAAAGAUGACUUAGAGAACCAGCUGCUCAGCACCUGCCAUGGCCAGUGUGAUCCCAGUCCAACUCUUCAACCAGUUCUUGACAUCUGGAGACCAUCUGAAAAUGGCGGAGAAAAAACACCCCAGGACUGUUCUGAUCUCCUGAAGAAGAAGCUAAAGAAUGGUUUCUACAGUGUGACUCCAGCAGGAUCAAAGAACAUCACAUUCCAUGUCUUCUGUGACAUGGAGGCCUCUGGAGGCGGCUGGACUUUGAUUCAGAAUCGCUUUGAUGGUAGCAUCAGCUUCAACCGCUCCUGGGACAACUACAAGAGGGGUUUCGGGAACUUAUCAGGAGAGUUCUGGCUAGGCAAUGACAAGAUUCAUUGGCUGACGUCGGCCAAAGCCAUGGUUCUGCGGAUCGAGCUGGAGGACGUGGAUGGAGUAAAGGAAUACGCCCAGUAUAACCGCUUUCAUGUGGCCAAUGAAAGCCAACACUACAGGCUGACUAUAGGUGGAUAUUCAGGCACUGCGGGCAACGCUCUGCAGUUCAAUAAGAAUUUCAACCAUAACCAAAAGAACUUCACCACUCCAGACAGGGACAAUGACCGAUACCCCUCAGGAAACUGUGGGGCAUAUUACAGCUCUGGGUGGUGGUUUGACGCAUGCAUGGCUGCAAAUCUGAAUGGAAAGUAUUAUCAGACGAGAUAUAAAGGAGUGAGAAAUGGCAUCUUCUGGGGCACCUGGCAUAAUAUUUCCACAGAGUACUACCCAACCAAUGACAGACAAGCCUUUAAGACUGUGAGAAUGAUGGUGAGGCCCAGGAUGGCCACUGUGAGAGACUAAAGUUAUCUGAGAAAAAUAAUUGCAGGGACAGCUGGGGAGGGAAGUUGUACAUAGUGUACAUGUGCUUGAUGGCAUUCUGACAAAGUCAUUCCUUCUUCCUCUUUUCCUUUUUAUUGUGGACUAUUAAGCAGUAUGUUAUUGCUAAACCAUGAGGUCAGUAUUUAUAAAGGACGUCAUUGCUUGUAAGUGUUAACACACGUGAUUUAUGUCAAGCUAAGGAUUUGAUCCUUUUUCAUUUUAUGAUGUAGAGGAUUAGAUCAGAUGCAAGAUAAAUGUUUAUUAAGAUUACCUAUUAAGGGGAAUUCCACCACUUUCUCAAAAUUUCUUCAUAAUACAGAGUCAUACAAAGUGUUUUAUUGUAUGGUUUAUUGUAGAGAAACUUACUUCUUUAGAGUGGUGGUGAUAGCAACCAGAUGUCAUGUCUACAACACAAAUAUAGCCACUUUAUUUGCCAUUCAAAAUGACCAGUGAACUUACAUGUGUCAUCAGAGCUUGUAAUAUGUAAUAAUGAUGAUUGUAAAAUAGGAUAAUUCUGAUAAAUUGUCCUGUUUUUUUGAAGAAUAUUUUGCCUUACAACAGCCUGUAUUCACCUCUACACCAGGGGUGCUCAGUCCUGAUCCUGGAGAUCUACCACCAUGCAGAGUUAAGUGCCAACCCUAAUCUAUCACACCUAAUCCAUGUAAUGAAGACCUUCAGGGAUAUCUGAGUAUGUUGGAUCUGAGCUCUCCAGGGUGGUAGAUCUCCAGGGCUACGGUUGUUCUAUGUUCUAUGCCAUGAAUAAAAAAAUUAAUUUUAAGCCAAAAUCUUCUCUUAAAACUGUCAUAAAACAACGUCUCAGGCAUCAGGUAGCAUAUUCAUAACCAUUUAACGUAAAAUCUUUGUGUGAUGGAGCUUCUAGAGACAUUAAAUGUGUCAGACGUCUCGUUCCCAUCACCAUCACUAUGAACAAUUUUGACGAGUAAGCUUCUCUAGAACUGAGCAUUUCACAUCAGACCACUCUGAACGACUUUGCUUACAUCUUAUCUGUUUAAUUAUACAGAAAAAUCAGUGGAAUACCGCUUAAGGGCUGUUUAUAUUAAUAAAUUUAGAACAAAAACCGAUGGGGCAGAAGGGUUCAAGCUUAUUGAUAGCUUCAUAUGAGGAGGAUAUUAGCAUUUUUUUUGCUUACAAUUGAUAAGACAGUGUUAUAUAGUCUGUUUUAUUCCAGUGCCAAGGUUUCAGGCAUCCAAGCGAUAAUCUUAUCUGAAAGACAGAAUGCACAGAAAUGUCUUUAUUCAAUAAUAUCUUACUACCCCUGAGAAAAAUAUAAUCCUCUGGAAUUUGAGUAUUAGUGAGUUGGAGGUGCAUUGGCGAUUAAUGUAAAAUGGGAUUAGGAAACGUAUUUUUUUGGUAUUCACUGAAUAUAAUUUGAUUAUACUAGGAUUACAAAACAUUUAUGAUAAUAAAGCCCUACAGCAUCUAGAGACAGAUGUUCCUAAUCUUACCUCAUUAAAACUGAACACUACCUUUCACUCUGUCUGAUUCUCAUGUACCUUUUUCUUCAAUAACAAAUGCUUCACUGUGCGCAAACAGCCCACACAGCUGUUAAGGGAAUGACUUCUGUUAAGGAGCAUGAACAUUGUUAUAAUCUCUACUUUUUAAUCAAAACUGCUUUAUUAUUCAUAUGAUUCAUUCAGUCUCCAUUUUCUGUUUAUGAUCAUUUGUGCCGUCUUUGUUGUUUUCAUUUCCUUCUCUUUUUGAAAUUCGGUCACAUUGUGCUUUGGCCUAAUACAAUAUUUACAUUUUACAGUUUAUCAUUACAUUUACACUAUUUUUGCAUUCAUGUUUUAUAUAUUUCCCAACUAUUGGCCUACCAUUAACUUGUAAUAUGAAGUCAAAUGUUUAUUAUUUGCAAGGUUUGUGCAGGAUUUUCAAGAGUUUCCUUUUACUAAAGCAAGAAAAGAAUGGGGCUGAGAUAUUGUACAAUGAAAUCAAAUCAAAUAAAAUCAGAAGAAACAU